UUGGCACCAGAGAUCUUGAACUGCUUCAGAGCUCAAGCAUCUAUCACUGUUUGGACUAAAUCUGCAUCAAGGAAAAUGGAGUCCCAGUGCCUCUCAGCCACUGGAUCCAUAGCUAAACUCAGCAGCUUCACCAUUCUGCUCUUCUUUUUGGUUUCCUCCCUCACUUUCACUUCCACAGAAGCUUAUGAUGCGCUUGAUCCACUUGGGAACGUCACGAUUAAAUGGGAUGUCAUUAGUUGGACUCCUGAUGGAUACGUUGCCGUUGUUACAAUGUUCAACUUCCAGCAGUAUCGUCAUAUACAAGCGCCAGGUUGGACGUUAGGAUGGACAUGGGCAAAGAAGGAAGUAAUCUGGAGCAUGGUGGGAGCUCAAACCACUGAGCAAGGAGACUGUUCAAGAUACAAAGGCAACGUACCACAUUGCUGUAAGAAGGAUCCCACAGUCGUGGAUUUGUUACCUGGAACUCCUUAUAACCAGCAGAUUGCAAAUUGCUGCAAAGGAGGGGUUAUGCAAUCAUGGAUCCAAGAUCCAGGGAAUGCUGUAAGUUCAUUCCAGGUCAGUGUGGGUGCUGCAGGAACCACUAACAAGACUGUUAGACUUCCUAAAAACUUCACAUUGAAAGCACCAGGGCCUGGAUAUUCUUGUGGGCGAGCAGCGAUUGUCAAGCCAACCAGAUAUCUAACAGCGGAUAAAAGAAGAUGGACCCAAGCCAUGAUGACCUGGAAUAUUACUUGCACAUACUCUCAAUUCUUAGCUCAGAAGACACCUACUUGUUGUGUUUCUCUCUCAUCCUUCUAUAAUGACACCAUAGUAAACUGUCCGACUUGUGCAUGUGGUUGUGAGAACAACAGUACAAAUCCUGGGAGCUGCGUAGAGCCAGACUCUCCAUACUUAGCUUCAGCUGUAGCAGGUAAUGGAAAAUCUGCUAAUUCUCCUUUGGUCCAGUGUACUAGCCAUAUGUGUCCAGUGAGAGUCCAUUGGCAUGUGAAGCUCAAUUACAAGGAGUACUGGAGGGUGAAAGUCACAGUUACGAAUUUCAAUUACAGAAUGAACUACACUCUCUGGAAUCUUGUUGUUCAACAUCCCAACUUCGAUAAUUUGACCAAGAUUUUCAGCUUCAAUUAUAAGUCAUUGACUCCUUAUGCUGGCUUGAAUGAUACUGCAAUGCUCUGGGGAGUCAAGUUUUAUAAUGAUUUGCUCAUGCAAGCUGGUCCUCUUGGAAAUGCACAGUCAGAGCUUCUAUUUCGGAAAGAUACGUCAACUUUUACUUUUGAAAAGGGAUGGGCUUUCCCCCGAAGGGUUUAUUUUAACGGUGAUAACUGUGUCAUGCCACCUCCAGAUGCUUAUCCGUGGUUACCAAAUGCCAGUCCUAGACCAACCAUUUCCCUACUUAGUCCGGUCAUAACUAUCGUGGCAUCUUUGGUAUUCUUAUUGGCUUAUGCAUAGUGAGUGGGUAGACAAAGUAAGGUCUGUUACGUCGAAAGAAUUGUAGUAUUUCCAUCAAGUUCAGUCUGCAUUAAAGCUUAUGGAAAUCCGGUUGAUGUGGUCAAAUGUGUUGGUGCUGUGACCUCUACAAUACAAGUGGUUCAGCUGCACUCCAGUUUAAUGGUGGCUACAAUAUUCUGCCUGAAAAUCUGUUACACGUAUAAACAAUUUAUUCUUACUGCUGUUUUUUUGUUUAAAUUCAGCUGUUGUAUGAAUCCAUAGUGAAUAUGUUCUCUUAGCAUUACGAGAUAUUUCAUGAAGAAAUCAAAGCUCAUGUAUGAUUUUUGUUCAGUGAACCAGUGUUGUAUAACAGUGAUUAAUAUUUAUUUUCCUCGAGUUGAAAAUACAGUUCUAUAUGUAGAAAAUGAGCCGUUUGGUUUGCUUUG